UGUUGUGACACCACCCAGAGUCACCCUUGUAGCUUCCCUUUAGGUGCCCGUGGAGCCUGCCCAUUAGCACUGCCCUAGCUGAAGAUGACUUCUCAAACCUGCCGAGUGUAGUCUUUGGGCUGCUCCGGGGUAGAGUCUGUUACUGAAGUUUCAGAAAGAAUCAAAUAUACGUAUCCAGAUGAUGUGGCAGCAAGACCAAAAUUUAUUUUUGUGUGGUCCUCCAAAUGCCCAAAGUGGCUUAUCAAACUUGACUCCCGGAAAGAGCUCCGGAUAUUUUAUAUUUCCUCAAGAGGGAGACGAUGGACUGAGCCGAUGCACGCCAUGGAGUCCCGGGUGUUACUGAGAACGUUCUGCGUGAUCCUCGGGCUCGGAGCCGUUUGGGGGCUUGGUGUGGACCCGUCCCUACAGAUUGACGUCUUAACAGAGUUAGAACUUGGGGAGUCCACGGCUGGAGUGCGCCAAGUCCCGGGACUGCAUAAUGGGACGAAAGCCUUCCUCUUCCAAGAUUCCCCCAGAAGCAUAAAAGCACCCACUGCUACAGCUGAGCGCUUUCUCCAGAAGCUGAGAAAUAAACAUGAGUUCACAAUUUUGGUGACCCUGAAGCAGAUCCACUUAAAUUCGGGAGUUAUUCUCUCCAUCCACCACUUGGAUCACAGGUACCUGGAACUGGAAAGCAGUGGCCAUCGGAAUGAGAUCAGACUGCAUUACCGCUCCGGCACUCACCGUCCUCACACGGAAGUGUUCCCUUAUAUUUUGGCUGAUGCCAAGUGGCACAAGCUCUCCUUAGCCAUCAGUGCCUCCCAUUUAAUUUUACACGUCGACUGCAAUAAAAUCUAUGAACGAGUGGUGGAAAUGCCCUCCACAGACUUUCCUGUGGGCACCACGUUUUGGUUGGGACAGAGAAAUAACGCACAUGGAUAUUUUAAGGGAAUAAUGCAAGAUGUGCAAAUACUUGUCAUGCCCCAGGGGUUCAUUGCUCAGUGCCCGGAUCUUAAUCGAACCUGUCCAACAUGCAACGACUUCCAUGGACUUGUACAGAAAAUCAUGGAGCUGCAGGAUAUUUUAUCCAAGACAUCAGCCAAGUUGUCUAGGGCUGAACAACGAAUGAACAGGCUGGAUCAGUGCUAUUGUGAGCGGACAUGCACCAUGAAGGGAACCACCUACCGAGAGUUUGAGUCCUGGACAGAUGGCUGUAAGAAAUGCACAUGCCUGAACGGGACCAUCCAGUGUGAGACUCUGGUCUGCCCCGUUCCUGACUGCCCUCUUAAAUCGGCUCCUGCGUACGUCGAUGGCAAAUGCUGCAAGGAAUGCAAACCUACUUGCCAGUUCCAAGGACGGAGCUACUUUGAGGGAGAACGGAACACAGUCUACUCAUCCUCUGGAAUGUGUGUCCUAUAUGAAUGCAAGGAUCAGACCAUGAAGCUCGUUGAGAACAUCGGCUGCCCAGCUUUGGAUUGUCCCGAGUCUCAGCAGAUCUCCCUGUCUCACAGCUGCUGCAAAGUCUGUAAAGGUUAUGACUUUUGUUCGGAGAAGCAUACCUGCAUGGAGAACUCUGUCUGCAGGAACCUGAAUGACAGGGCCGUGUGCAGCUGCCGAGACGGUUUCAGGGCUCUUCGGGAGGACAAUGCCUACUGUGAAGACGUUGACGAGUGUGCUGAAGGGCGCCAUUACUGCCGUGAGAACACCAUGUGUGUGAACACACCUGGUUCUUUCAUGUGCAUCUGCAAGACUGGGUACAUCAGGAUCGAUGACUACUCAUGUACAGAACAUGAUGAGUGCGUCACAAAUCAACACAACUGCGAUGAAAAUGCUUUAUGCUUUAAUACUGUUGGAGGACACAACUGUGUCUGCAAGCCUGGCUACACUGGAAAUGGAACCAUAUGCAAAGCUUUCUGCAAAGAUGGCUGUAGAAACGGAGGGGCCUGCAUUGCUGCCAACGUGUGUGCAUGCCCACAAGGCUUCACUGGACCCAGCUGUGAGACAGACAUCGAUGAGUGCUCCGACGGCUUCGUGCAGUGCGACAGCCGUGCCAGCUGCAUUAACCUGCCCGGAUGGUACCACUGCGAGUGCAGAGACGGCUACCACGACAACGGGAUGUUUGCACCAGGGGGAGAAUCGUGUGAAGAUAUUGAUGAGUGUGGAACUGGGAGGCACAGCUGUGCUAAUGACACCAUUUGCUUCAACUUGGACGGUGGAUAUGAUUGUCGGUGUCCCCACGGGAAGAACUGCACAGGCGACUGUGUGCACGAUGGGAAAGUCAAACACAACGGCCAGAUCUGGGUGCUGGAAAACGACAGGUGCUCUGUGUGCUCCUGCCAGACUGGAUUUGUUAUGUGUCGACGAAUGGUCUGUGACUGUGAGAACCCCACGGUUGACCUUUCCUGCUGUCCUGAGUGUGACCCAAGGCUGAGCAGCCAGUGCCUGCAUCAAAACGGGGAAACCGUGUACAACAGCGGGGACACCUGGGUCCAGGAUUGCAGGCAGUGCCGCUGCUUGCAAGGAGAAGUCGACUGUUGGCCCCUGCCUUGCCCCGAGGUGGAGUGUGAAUUUAGCGUCCUUGCAGAGAACGAGUGUUGCCCACGAUGUGUCACAGAUCCCUGCCAGGCCGACACCGUCCGCAACGAUAUCACCAAAACUUGCCUGGACGAGAUGAACGUGGUUCGCUUCACUGGAUCUUCCUGGAUCAAGCAUGGCACAGAGUGUACUCUCUGCCAGUGCAAGAACGGCCAUGUCUGCUGCUCAGUGGAUCCACAGUGCCUUCAGGAGCUGUGAAGUUAACUGCCUCCAGGGAGAGAUCUGUUUAAAGAAUGUUCCUUCAUUAAAAAGACCAAAAAAAAAGUGAUUUGUGGCCAGCCAAAUGCAGCUUUGUUAAUGGCUAGGUAGAUGGAUGUCAAUUAUGAGAUUUGUGGAACUUGAGGAAAACCUCUGAGGAAAGUAGAUGACAAUUCUGCCUUUACUGUACCUGGCAUCACCUUGUAGAAGAAUGGGUGUGGAACACGGGCCAUGACAUCCUGACCCCUGGAGAAGAUGCCUGAGCCUGUCAAGUCUGUGAAAACCACUAGCUCUGUGGGUGCAGGACAUGGUCUUCUAGCUCAGAAUCUUUCUGAAUUGGCGUGGUUGUGGUUCCUCACUACAAGAGUCAAAGGAGAGGCAGCAAGUGAGUUGUAUUCCAGAAGCCAAGAAGCUGAUGCAUCUGUACAGUGCACUCUGAAAUCUGAAACAAGCUAUUGUAAUGAUAAAAAUAACGCGCAGGCAUGGUUGCGUAACAUUUUCUAACAGGAAGUCACCCCCCAGUUCCUUGUUUUACUGCACUCAAUAUUAUUUGGUUGAAUUUGUUCAGUAUAAGCUUGUUCCUGUGCAAAAUAAAAUAACUAUUUCUCUUACCUUA